UAUAAAAUGAAACUACUGGUGGUGUUUUUGGUUACAUUAUUAACAAAAUAUGCGGAAAAUGCGAAUAUUUUAGUGUUACAGAUUUUGACCACUAAAAGUCAUCAUGUUAUGUUUGAGAGAAUUGUAAGAGGACUAGCAGAAAGAGGACAUCAAGUUGAUUUUGUGAAUCAUUUUCCUCUAAAAGAUCCACCACCAGGCUAUAACGAUAUAAGCCUAAAGGGCACCCUUGAAACAUUCGUCAACAACUUAACAGUGGAUGCUGCACAAUUUACCACUCAUAAAGAUGCAUUGGACUUCAUACUAAACGAAGUUGGUAUCAAACCAUGCAAAACAGCGUUCCAAAAUGACAAAGUAAAAAAUCUCAGAAACACUACCAAAAUAUACGACUUGAUAAUAACGGAAAUUUUCUCCAACGAUUGCAUGCUUGGUUUUGCCCAUCUUUUUGAUGUUCCUGUUAUAUCCAUAACAUCCAGUGUGAAUUUACCAUGGGGAUCAGAUAGGUUUGGACUACCAGAUAACCCAUCGUAUAUACCGAAUUAUUUUAUGGAAUAUUCUCCAAAAAUGACUUUGUCUGAACGAUUUUGGAAUACAGUUUAUCUGGCAGUAUCCAAAAUAAUGCAUUACAAGAGUAACAUUGAUGUAUAUGAAGCUUCAAAGGAUUUUUUUGGUCCCGAUCUACCCAGCUUAAACGACUUGACUUACAGGACAGCUUUAGUGUUUGUUAAUAGUCAUUUUAGUGCUAACCAAGCUAGGCCUACCGUGCCAGGAUUUAUUGAAAUUGGUGGAGUACACAUUAAUGAUCCAAAACCGCUUGAUGAGUAUUUUCAAAAACUUUUGGAAACAGACACAGAAGGCAUCAUAUAUUUAUCAAUGGGUUCCAUGAUAAAAACAGAAUCUUUUUCAAUACAAAAAAUCCAGGGAAUGUUUGAUGCCUUCGCGGAAUUACCUUACAAGGUUAUAUGGAAAGCAGACGUAGAUCAGUUCCCCAAAGAAGUUAAAUUUGCCAAAAACAUACACUUCGUAAAAUGGAUGCCCCAAUUGGAUAUACUAUGUUCCUCGAAUGUAAAGUUGUUUGUGAGCCACGGAGGGUUAAUGGGUUCUCAAGAGGCAGUCCAUUGCGGAGUACCCAUACUAGGUAUACCACUAUUUGCAGACCAAGAAUUAAACAUUCAACAGGCAGAAAAGGUGGGGCAAGCUAUCAAAGUUGACUACAAUGAAAUUUCCAAAGAAAAAAUCCUUAAUGCAGCUAAGGAAUUAUUGUACAACCAAAAAUAUCAACAAAAUGCCAAAAAAUUCUCAGUACUCUUUAAAGACAGACCAAUGUCUGCUUUGGAUACGGCUAUAUAUUGGACAGAAUACGUCAUAAGGCAUAAAGGCGCGCCUCAUUUGAAAAGUCAGGCAACUGAAUUGUCUUGGUAUCAGUAUUACUUGCUGGACGUAGCUUUAAUCUUCUUAAGUAUACUGUUUAUCACGAUAUAUGUUCUAGUGAUGUUUGCUAAGUUGUUACUUAUAUUGGUAGCAUCAAAACCAAAGAAUAAAAAAGACUAACUAUUAUCAUAUAGCUAGUAAUAAAUAUUAA